AUGGCCGAACCUCAUAGACCUUCGACCUUUCUCGCCAACACUCAGGUCAUAGACACCAUUUUGCAUGACCCCGAAUUCCGCAACCAAUCUCUUGUCAAACUACAAAAUGCAAUUCGCAUUAAAACAGAAACCCAUGAUGACGACCCGCUUACUGUAGAGGAUGACCCUGAAUAUUGGGCAAAGUUUGAUAUCUUUGAGAAUUACUUGAAGUCAACAUUUCCUUUAUUCUACCAAAACACAGAGCUCCAUAAGGUCAACCAUCAUGGCCUCGUUUACAUCUGGAGAGGUACAAACACAACGCUAAAGCCACUUCUUUUAAUGGGACACCAAGACACCAGCCCAGUGCCGGACUCGACGCUUCCUCUGUGGACGUAUCCACCUUUUGAUGCGCUUUACAAUGGCACCCAUCUUUUUGGCAGAGGAUCAUCGGAUUGCAAAAAUCUGGUUGUUGGAUACUUCGAGGCUGCUGAGGAGCUUAUGAAGACUGGGUUUGUUCCUCGUCGCACUGUCAUUUUCUCGUUUGGUUUUGACGAGGAAGUGAGUGGUGUGCGUAACAGGAACGCCGAGUGGCUGGAGGAGAAGUUUGGUCCCAAGUCCAUGUACGCGAUCUGCGACGAAGGAGGUGUCUCUUUGACAACUAUAGAUGGGACCACCAUGGCAGUUCCUGGAACAGGAGAAAAAGGCUUUUUGAAUCUGUGGAUUGAUCUGAAGACCCCAGGCGGCCAUUCGUCUGUGCCUCCUGACCAUACCUCCUUGGGAAUCAUGGCAGAUCUCAUGGUGCAAAUCGAAAACGAUCCAUUUCCAUCCUAUUUCACUCCUAAAAAUCCCACGUACCACCAAUACGUCUGCCUAGCUGAAAAUUCUGCCACCAUUGACAAAGAACUCAAAAAACAUAUCCUCAACAGCCAAACAAGUUCGCUGUCCAAUAAACGGGUCCGAGAGUACAUUGAGUCGAGUCGCUGGCUGAAAUACUAUAUUAAAACAUCGCAAGCACUUGAUGUGAUUUACGGAGGAUCAAAAUCUAACGCGUUGCCGGAAUUUGUUCAGUUGACCAUCAAUUCGCGAAUUGCCGUUGAAGAAUCCAUCCACUCAGUGCUGGAAAAGUAUCUGGGGAACGUCAAAGAUGUUGCCCAAAAGUACGAUCUUGGCUUAAGCUAUCAACUGAAAAAUGGACAAGCGAUUGAAAUAUUUCCUCCAACUCCUCAAGGUGACUUUCUGGUCCAUACCGACGAAUUUUUCGAUGUUGCGCCAUUAACACCUGUAAACGACAACCAUUGGAAGGUCUUUGCUGGAAACAUCAAACACGUGUAUGAAGAGCUCGUCUGGCCAGACAAAUACCAAGGACCGGAUGCCCAAAAUCCCAUUAUCGUGUCUCCCGGCAUUGCUCCCGGAAACACUGACACAAAAUACUACUGGAAUCUUUCUGAUCAUAUCUAUCGCUAUAGGCCUGGUGAGUAUACCAGUGUUGAAAACUUUGCCCAUGGAGUCAACGAGUGGAUUAAAUUCGACAGCCAUCUCCAGAUCAUCGUGUUUUACUUCGAGUAUAUCCAGAGUGUAGAUGAGAUCGAUGAUUGA